GAGCGGCCAGCUUUUGAUGGUAAAUAAAGCUGCUGACCUAAUCGCAGACUCAGAUUUGAUCAAAAUGGCGGCCGAUAAAGGAAUCGGCGAUCUUCAGGAAUUUCUGAAUACUGGUGUCGAUAUUGCAAAGACAGCAGGGAAGAUGACUUCAGAAGCAUUCCAUAAAGACAAGUCCGUCCUGACCAAGGGCUGUAGUACGGACCUUGUGACUGAGACAGACCAGAAUGUGGAGAAGUUUGUCAUCAGCUCACUAAAAGAGAAGUUCCCAUCACACAGGUUUAUAGGGGAGGAGUCUGUUGCGGCAGGGCAGCACUGUGAUUUGACUGACACUCCAACAUGGAUUAUAGAUCCAAUUGAUGGCACAACAAAUUUUGUGCAUAGGUACCCAUUUGUCUGCAUUAGUAUUGCACUUGCCAUCAAUAAAGAGAUUGUUGUUGGAAUUAUUUAUAAUAGUGUACUGGAUGAAUUAUACACUGCUGUAAAAGGCAAAGGAUCUUAUUGUAAUAAUAAAAAGCUGACAGUUUCCACUAUCAAAGAAUUAAAUCAAGCUCUAGUAAUAACGGAAAUAGGAUCUGAUCGCUCUACAGGCAGAGUCACUAAAGUUCUUGAGAACCUGCGUCGUAUCAUCUCACAGCCCAACUUAGCUCACAGUGUUCGGUGCCAGGGAUCCGCUGCCCUGAACAUGUGUAGUGUAGCUAAGGGUUUGGCUGAGGUAUACUAUGAGUUUGGCGUCCACUGUUGGGACUUUGCCGCUGGUAUUCUCAUCAUCACUGAGGCUGGGGGCUUCGUCUGUGAUCCAUCAGGUGGACCUGUAGAUCUCAUGUCUCGCCGUGUUGUCGCGUGUUGCUCACAAGAAGUCGCCCACGCAAUCUGCAAGUUGAUAGAUAUCGUAGAUUACCCUCGAGAUUAAAACACGUUCAUACCGUGAAAAAGCGUGAACAACUUCUCGCUUUCUUACUUUUCGCAACGGAUUGCAUUGAAACCUUGAGAAAAUUCAAACCGCGAAGAUUGUUGCAAACACGGAUUGAAAAUAAAAAGCGCGGGAAAAGUGACGAUGCGCGAAAGUAGUCCGCGCGAAAAUAUCCACAUUGAAGCCCCGUGCAAAAAAAAAAAAAAAAAACACCAGCAAACAUUUCAUCGGCGCGCUCGUCUAGCAAAGAAGUUGUUUGUAAACAAGUAGCGUCAGUAUUUCUGGGCCGGAGAGUUUUUGACAGCUUUUCGCCAGAAAUACUGGCGCUGAUUUCACGGGGCAUUGCGAUACGCAUACGAUAACAAUCGACUAGAUGUAGACGGAAAAUAGAAACGUUCUUGGGUGCGCACGCAAAAUGACAGUUCCUAAAGAAAUCAAAACUAAAGGAAGCAUCUCCACUGAUGCAGUGAUUGGGUUUUAUUUUCUCAGUCCGAUUAUUUAAGAAUUUGCGUUUGAAUUUUUUUGGAAACAGCACCAACUUAGUCGAACAAAAUAAAAAUUUGUUGUUGAACGUGUAUGAAACGGCGCCAGAUUCACUGGGCUAACAAUAGGGACCUUAAGCAAGAACGACGGCAACAGCUAGGACAACGAGAUCGAUAAAGAUGCGUUGGCGCUUGGCGAUCAAUUACAAUUUAAUUGCAAUGGAAUAAUCAAAACAUUAUAGUCAGAGAC